AGCCGUUUAGUGUUUUCACGUCACUGCAAUCCGCUUGUGCGGCCAGUUGGCUCCCUGAGCAAGAUGGAAGAGUGGAAACUUGACAGGAAGAACAUCACUGCUGGAAGCUUCAAGUGGCAUGCAGAUGAGUACUACGCACGAAGUUCCAACAAGCCAAAACACAUGUACUCCCCUGACUGGCUGGAAAUUGAGACCAAAAAGCACCAAGAGAAAGCACGUGGUGGCACUGUGACGCUCAAAGUCAAUCCCUUGGAAGGCCCUCCCUCACCAAAGCCACAGUAUGGUUUUUUCGAUUCCACCAUGCAAUCUGAUGGCACCUUGCGCCCGCAGUCCCCUACUGCAAUGGAGCUUGGUUGGAACAAUUUGUCUGGCACGCAGCCAUUGGCAAACACGCUGAACAAGAGAAGGCCCAACACAGCACUUGGCACUAUGGGCAGGUCAUUUGAGUUGCAGGACACAUCACCAACUUCAAGCCCCAAGGGCGGUCGGCCUUCCACAAGUGUCCCUGGUGAUCGGAUGCCUCGAAACUUGAGCCUCCCUGAGUUCAGCCGUGGGGGCAUCCUGUCACCAACAACAAGCCCGAAGGGGUCGAGCAAGCUGUCUAUACCCUCGCCAAAAUCACCCUUCAGCCGUCGCGGGGAAGAGCUGAUGCCAAGCAUCGCUCGAGCUAUCUCGCAACCGCUUCAUGAGACUGCGUAUGCCCAACCAUCAGGGAGGAGGGCACGGCGCUGACUGGCAACACAAAAGC